AUGUUAUAUAAAUUUAAAGAAUAUUUUGUGAUUCAUUAAGAACAUUUGAAGAACAAAGAUCAGUGGAGGAUGUUAAUGGUGCUGAUAUCUGUCUAUCAAAUAUGCGACAUUAUUAUAGUGACAGGAGAUGCCAUAACCUUGGAAAUUGAAGGAGACAAAUACAUUUUGAUAUAUAGAAUAUUGACCCAAAUAUUUUUGAUAGCGCUCUUUGAAGUGUCAUUGAUUAAAAUGAUCAAAACAAAAAAUGGAUUUAUAAAUCUCAUGACUCUCUUAAAAUUUCUAUGCUUAGUCAUUUGUUGGGAAGAGCUCGAUUAUUAUGCAAAAUAAUAAUUAAUAUCAAGAAUACUGGACAAGUUCCUAAUUCUAGCAUGCUUUGUUUUUGCAAUAGAAUCGUAAGUAUGUUAGACAUUAGCAAUCAUCUUCAAUCUGAUUUACUCUUUGUUCAGGAACUUUGAGUUUGAUUCCAAAAUGAAUAUCAUAUUCGGCUCUAAGUUAAUUGUGAUCCAUCUCUUUCUAUAAUUCCUAAUAUUGAUUGUCAACAAAAAGAAUAUUAAGAACAAUCUAAAUUCCUAAUUGGUAACCUUGGGUUUGAACAGUAAAGUGAGUUACACUUAAUUGAAUUCCCAAAGAUUGUCCCAUCCCAACAGGACUCUUCAUCAAUUGUAUAUAGAUAUCCCUGAAAAUCGCAAUAUAUCACAAAUACCACAUGAAUAGAAAUAGGAUGAUCAAUAAACUGAAUCAGUUCAAUAGGAUCAAAUAAACGAAGCCAUACUGUCCUCUGCGGAAUUCGGAAUCUAUCUUAUUGAUAGUCUGACUAAAAGUGUGCAGGUAAUAAAUCCAUAGUUGUCCAAUAUAAUUAUGAGGGAAGAUUACCUGAGCCCUUCGUUUCUUGAGACUGAAUUGUAUGAUUUCGGAUUGCUUAUUGAUGAACCCUGUUUGUUAUUGCCAAAAUUUCAUAGAAGUCAGGAUAUUGCACAGUUCCUCAAAUUCACUGAAACUUUAGAGUAUUUUCCAUCUACUUUGGAGAAUAAUAUCGAAAACGAUCCUACUCAAAUCAAACGACUAUAACUACUAACCAAAAAAAUAUCCUUUAAAGCAUUCUUUGAUAAUCUUAUUGCUUUCAAUCAUCUGAAAUUCGUUAACAAGCGCUCCCCUAUUGACUUUUCCCUUAAAAUAUAUAUCAAAUUCGAUACUUGCUAUAUGCAGAUUGUUUUGUCGCCAAUAAUCUAUAAACUUAAACCUUAAAUUUUGAUUUUUGUAUCCGACAUCACCGAGGAUCCCUACAUCACUUAACUAUUGAAUACUACAAAAAACAAUGAUUUUUUGAUUAGUGACAUUUCCUAAAAGAUUAAGUAGCCUCUUAAUUGUACCAUAUCUAUGCUUGAAAUUAUAAUGAAUACAACUCCGUAAGAAAUAACUGAGAAAUAUAUAAGUCCAGCACUUGCUGGCUGUAAACUAUUAAUUAACACUGCUAAUGACAUCCUUGAUUAUGCCUAGUUACAAAAGAAGGAUAAGUUGGACUUGGUCUAGAUGGACGUUCAGAUAUAGGAGUUCUUGACUGAUAUCAUCAAUGUAGUAAAAUCUUAAGCAAUUUUCAGAGGAUUAAAAAUAUCUGUUAAUAUUAAAUAGAAUGUUCCAUAGUUUAUAAGAACUGAUCCCAAUAGAUUGAGAUAAAUCCUACUUAAUUUAUUAGUUACAUCUAUUUAAGCUACUGUCAGAGGAUCCAUAAUAUUUUGUGUUUCCAAGAGUCAAAUUCUCAAUGAACAUAUUGACUUUGUUGUAAAGGUGAAGGCUAAUGAAACUAAUUUCUCCAUUCUUAAAAUAAUAGAGAGAACAGUUAGAUUCUUUAAGUCAUAAACUUUGAAGUCUAAGAUAUUGGAUCUUGGGAAUCUUCGGCAGUAUUCACAAUCAAUUUUGAUUUCAUUUUAUUUAACGAAAUGCCUGUCUCAAAUUCCAUUCGAAUACAAUUAUGAACGUGUGGGUAAUAAAGAAGAGUUUGGUUUUGUCAUUAAAAUCAAUAAUUUAUAUCCAUAAUUUAAUUAAAAUUUGAAUAAGAAAAGAUUGUCAGAAUUUUCAAAUUAAUAAAGUUUUUAUCAAUAAUACCAGAAUAAAGAAGGCUUAAAGAGAUAUUAAUCUUAAAUGUCUAGUUUAUAACCAGAGGAUUCGAAUAUCAAAUUAGACCUCAAAGAAGCCAGACAAAAAUUUAAUAUCAAUGUUAUCCAAACUCAAGGCCCAGAACCUAAGGAAAAGUAAAAGGAAAUCCAAGAACAAUCAAAUGAAUCUGAUGAAAGUCCCUCUGAAUAAUAGGAUGAUGAAGUUUCAAUUGAGUCCAAAAAUGGCAUCUCAAAUAGAGUGGAGCAAAUGCUAAAAAUAAAGCCUUAUUUCUUCGAUUAUGUCAAUGAAACCUAAUAGAAACCUGAGGGCAUGAGUUCUCAGCCAUCCCAACAACUCACAUUUGGAGGACUAGGACAAGGCAGAUCCUCGAUAUAUUCUUCGUUAUGUUUUACUAGUGGAACCAUGUAACCCAAUGAUUUAUUAGAUUGCUUUGAGAAAAUGGAAAAAAUUAAAUCAUAAAAAAAUAAAUCCAAUUGUAGAUGUACUAAGAUAUUGAUAUGUGAGAGUGUCGAUCUUGAUCUUUACGCUUUAUCGCAUUAAUUAACAAAUAUAGGGAUUACAUAUGAGUAUGUAACUCAGAAAUCUCAAAUUGUGAGCGCUCUUGUUAAAUUAUUAAAUAGUGAUUUGUAAUAAUAGUAAAAUAGUAAUUAAUAAAAGUAGAAUGGUGAAGAUCAUUAAUUAAAGAUUAAUAAUGAUAAUUAAUAGCUGAAAAACAAUGAAAAUUAGCCUUGUUGUAAAGGAUUAUAACUUUUAUUCAUUGGAAUUGAGUAAUUUGAAGAGGAACUAUAUGCAAUGUUCAAUUCUAUAAAAGAUGUCUAUGCAGAGUUCAAGGUUGAACCCAGAAUCAUAGGGUUGAUUGGCUGUGUGGAUGAAGAGAAUAGAGCCUUGUCAAGAAAGCUUCCUUUUCAUGAUUAUUUGUCAAAACCCAUAAUGAUUGAUGCCCUCCUCUUUAUUUUAGCAAAAUGGAUUAAAAUGAAUUGA